AUGGGGCAUGAAUCUUCAGGUGAAGUAAUCGCUGUUGGAGACUUGGUCAAAACGCAUAAAAUCGGUGACAGAGUAGCCAUCGAACCUGGCCUUCCUUGUAGAAGAUGUAUAAACUGUAAAGAGGGCAAAGUGAAUAUCUGUCUAGAUAUGAGAUACUGCGGUGCACCUGGAUCGGUCGGAUCGUUAUCUAGAUUUUUCGCUUUACCAGCUGAUAUGGCUCCUCAUAUCCCUGAUCACGUCUCUUGGGACGAAGCGGGAUGUAUCCAGCCUCUAGCUGUCGGUGUGCAAGUUGGUAAAAGGGUUGAUCUAAGACCUCAUAAAACACUAGCCAUCUUUGGUUGUGGUCCAAUUGGACUUAUCACGGCAGCGGUCGCACACGCUUAUUCAGCUAGAAAGAUCAUCGGAUUCGAUAACAAUGCUGUCCGAGUCGAAAAAGCCAAAAAAUACAUGUCACCUUUGACUGGAAAACCAAUAUACGAUCAUGUUUUCCUUAUAUCAGACUUACCUACUGAUUCUCUGAGAGAUCAAACUAAUGGAUCAGAUGAACUGGCACAUAAAUUAGGUGAAGAUGGAUCCGGCGCAGGAAUAGGUGAUGGUGAAAUCUUAGAUUCCGAUCAUGAUGAAGAAACUUUGGGAGAUAAGAAAUGGGAACAAGCUAAAAAGAUAGCAGCUGAAUUCGUUGAAAUCGCUGGAUUGACCGAAGAAGAAGGUGUUGACAGAGUCGUAGAAGCUACUGGGGCAGAAGACUGUAUGUUAUUGGGUAUAGCUAUUGCUAAACAAGGUGGAAAUUACUUAGCUGUUGGAUUGGGUCAUAUUCAAACCAACUGUUUCCCGACUCUGGCAGUAACGAAUAAGGAGAUCAACGUUAUGGGUAUCACACGGUACACAGCGUCAUGUUUCCCUUCCGCCCUCGAUAUGCUCACACGAGGAGUAGUGGAUCUCAAACAGUUGAUCACAAAGACUUUCCCCUUGACUCAAGCUACUGAAGCUUUCGAAGCUGUUGCUGCCGGUGGCGAUUUGAAAGUCGUCGUCAAAAAUCAAGAGGGUUUCGAUGAUUAG